AUGGCGGCCGAGUGGGGUCCGGCGGAGCGGUGGCGGGCGGCCCUGCCGCAGCACGCCGCCUUCGGCCGCCUCCGCGAGAGCGGCGCCGCCGCCCCCGCCGCCCCGCGCUCCCCGCUGAUCCGCAGCCUGCUGCUGGGCCUGGACGGAGACCUGCUGCUGUGGGACGGCGAGCGCGGCGCGCUGCUCGACGUCGACCUCCGCCGUCUGAGCGGCGCCGAGCCGGAGCUGGGCCGCUACCAGACGCUGCUGUGCAUCAACCCGCCGCUGUUCGAGGUGUACCAGACGCUGCUCAGCCCCGCGCGGCGCCACGUGGCGCUCGUCGGCACCAGGGGGCUGUCGGCCGUGGAGCUGCCCAAGCGCUGGGGCAAAAACUCCGAGUUCGAGGGCGGGAAGGCCGCGGUGAACUGCAGCACCAUCCCGGUCGCGGAACGGUUCUUCACCAGUUCCACGUCCCUCACCCUGAAGCACGCGGCCUGGUACCCCUGCGAGACCCUGGAGCCGCACAUCGUGCUGCUGACUUCGGAUAACACCAUCAGGAUCUACAGCCUGAAGGUGCCCCAGACGCCCAUCAAGGUGAUCGCGCUCUCGGAUGCUGAGGAGGAGACUCUGAUCAUCAACAAAGGGAGAGCCUACACAGCUUCGCUGGGAGAGACAGCAGUGGCAUUUGAUUUUGGCCCGCUGGUGCCCGUCCCAGUGAGCAUUCUUGGGCAGCGAGGCAGCGAAGAAGUGCUGGCUUUUCCACUUUACAUUUUAUAUGAAAAUGGAGAGACGUUCCUCACCUAUAUCAACCUGCUGCAGAGUGCUGGAAAUCUUGGCAAGCUGCUUGGCCCUUUGCCCAUGCACCCUGCUGCAGAAGACAAUUAUGGCUACGAUGCCUGUGCUGUCCUGUGCCUGCCUUGUAUUCCAAAUAUCCUGGUGAUUGCCACUGAAUCAGGCGUGCUUUAUCACUGCGUGGUGCUGGAUGCAGAAGAGGAUGAGGAGCAGUCAGAGAAAUCGUGGGACCCAAGAUCUGAUCUUGUUCCUUCCCUGUACGUGUUCGAAUGUGUUGAGCUGGAACUUGCACUGAAAUUGGCAUCAGGAGAUGAGGAAGAGCCUUUGGAGUCUGAUUUCUCUUGUCCAAUCAAACUGCAUCGAGAUCCCAAAUGCCCUACUAGAUACCACUGCACACAUGAAGCAGGUGUUCACAGUGUGGGGUUGACAUGGAUCAGCAAACUGCAGAAGUUCCUUGACUCAGAUGAAGAAGACAAAGAUGGUUUACAAGAGCUGCGUGCAGAGCAGAAGUGCUUUGUCGAACACAUUCUUUGUACCAAGCCAUUGCCAUGCAGGCAAUCCGCUCCAGUUAGAGGAUUUUGGAUAGUAUCUGAUGUGCUGGGACCCACAAUGAUCUGCAUCACAAAUACCUAUGAGUGCAUUACAAGGCCACUCCUAACUGCAGUCCAUCCUGCAUCUCCUUCUCUACUGUGUACCAAAGAAGACAAAGAUGAUGCCACUUCUCCUCUCCGUGUCCUGGCUGAAUCACAGCAUUCAUUUGAGAAGCACAUCCAAAGCAUCCUGCGGCGUAAUUCUGCCAACCCCUUGCUCCUAAAAUCUGCCGAUAAAGAUGCUGCUCCUCCCCCUGAAGAAUGCCUUCAGCUUCUUAGCAGAGCCACCCAAGUGUUCAGAGAGGAAUAUAUACUGAAACAGGAUCUGGCAAAAGAGGAAAUUCAGCAAAGAGUGAAGUUGCUGUGGGGACAAAAGAAGAAACAACUGGAAGACCUUAAUUACUGUCGAGAGGAAAAGAAAAGUUUGCGAGAAAUGGCCGAACGGUUGGCUGACAAGUAUGAGGAAGCCAAAGAGAAGCAAGAAGAUAUUAUGAAUAGGAUGAAGAAAGUGCUUCGUAGUUUCCAAUCUCAGCUUCCUGUUAUAUCAGACAGUGAAAGAGAUAUGAAGAAAGAACUGCAGACAAUCCAUGACCAGCUGCAGCACUUGAGCAAUGCAAUCAGACAGGUUAAAAUGAAGAAGGAAUACCAGCAGAAAAAGAUGGAAAAGGGCAUCAGCCCACGAAAACCCAGCAUCACCCUCAGUGCCUACCAGAGCAAGUGCAUCCAAACCGUUCUGAAAGAAGAGGGAGAACGCAUAAGGGAAAUGGUAAAGCAGAUCAAUGACAUCAGAGGCCAUGUGAACUUCUAACAUCUCCAAGAGAAUAAACCUACAAUAAAAGGCUGGAUAAGUGUUCAUUAGUCCCUAGUAAUUUUCCUUAUAAUAUUCAACAUUCAUACACUGAACAAUAUGUCUUUUCUUUAUUAUUUUGUAAAGAUCAAUUAUGAAUUAAAAUACUUUUGAUAAGACUCCUCACAUGCUGUGGUCUUUGCAUUUCUCCUGGCAGGACACAGUGCAGCAGGCUAUUUCAAACCUGAAGUACGAUAAUUAAUACUCACAGCUAGCUCAGAUGUGGGGGAAAAGGUAUCACUGCUUCCUUCAGAAAACUGCCUGGGAUUUGUCUGGGAGUCAUCUCCUGCCUUUGGUCCGUGGCACAGUGACUGUAUUGGAAGCCUGGGGCAGAAGGCAGAGUAGAAAGACCAGAGAAGCGCAUACACUUCAGCAGCUUUUUUUAAUUGGGAACACUUUCUUCAUAAAGGACACACCUUCAAUACAGUUAACAAAUGGUUACACUUGAAUCCUGUAGACAGCAGAAUUCUACAUCCACAAUUGCACAGGACACCAAUGGCUUGGUUCACUGGAAUGCAGUAUUAACUUCCAAACACUCAGUUUGCCUUUAUCAAAAGCUGUCACUGUCUUGACAUUAAAAGGCCAAUUAUCUGCUGUAGACAAGCUUUAGUGGACAAUAUAUAAUUCUUGUUUCUCCCCCUCCCUCCCACACUUCCCCUUUCAAAAGGUGACAUGGUCAAGCUCAGUUUUGAAAAGUAGUACUGCACUGCUACAAAAGUGGCACAGCAAGAGGUGCCAAAGUAAAGCUGUAAGGAAAGGAGGGCUGUGAUUACCUGUUAGGUAACUAGGUUACCAUACAUGCUGCAAGAACACUUUUUUUGUACAGAUUAAGACUAUACAAGUAUAGGAAUGCAUACAAAACUUGAUCUUUCCCCUUUUACAGACUGCAUAAAUAGAAUCCAGCUUUCUAAUCCACUCACCCUGUGUAUCAGAGCUGAACUGCCAGGUUAGAAGUAGUGCCUGUUAAAAAAACACGGACUCUUACUGAGUGAGAAGAACCUACCACCCCAUUCAAAACAAGCUCCAGAAAACCAAGAACUGGAGGGAAGAGUGUUUAGUCUCUGAUUUAUUAUAAGCAAUAUCAUCAUAAUCCACUGAGUGAGCAUCUACAGCUUUACAGCAAGAGUUUUUAACUACACUUCAUCGACAGUGGUUUAAUAAGUGCUCUGCAAAUUUGGCACUUUUAUUUUCUUUUUUGAAGGCCACUUUACAUUUUCUUACAUUUGUGUUCAGCUGAAGCUUGAGUUACCACCUCUGAAGCUGUGCUUUCCUUCCCCAGCAGGACAUUUGGUUGUAGCAUGGCCCACCACUUUUGUGGAUGGCUAAGUUUCUAAUUUUAAAAUAAAUUUUUAAAAGGGAUGACCAGCAGUUGGUGAAAAAGAUCACUCACUCAGCCUCAAAAUGGUCACAGGACUAAAACAGGGGUAAGGGUGCACAACGGAGUAAGGUGGUACAAAGGAAAACAAUCACAUCAUCGCUGAAUAUCCUUCCUCUCCAAACCAAAGGAUGUCACUCCAGUGACACAUGCAGUACUGCUUCACAACCAAGGAACUCAGCAGCCAGCACCACUCCUUUCAGUGCUCAUUAGUCCCUUUUGAGCCCUACUGCGCACACGUCCAGCCUCAGACCAGGCCUACAGGCCAUCACUGGCCACUGGGAAAAGCACACAAGCAUGCAUACGGACACACACACACAUGCACAACUUCAUUCUGCAACUGCUGAAAUUGUUACUGUGUCUAUGAACCAUCACAGACUGAUCUCUUUCUCUCAACUGCUCUCCUCUACAGACUGCAGAAAGGCUCCCUGCAGCCAUCAUCAUCUGCAAUCUGACAUCACCAUGCCUACAGAAAGCCAUUUGUAAAAAUUCACUAAAGGAAAAGCCUCACCAGCCCUGCACAGUCCAAAAUGGUCAGCCAUGGCCAUGGUUCAGGGGAAGGCAAGAACAGGCAGGAAGAUGGGGCUGCUGAUGAUAGGUACUGACAGUCAGACUAGAAAGGGAUGCUGAAAUGCCAUUAACAGUUCUCUCGCAUUAGAAAAACAGUCCACAAAGCUCAACUAAAAAUUCUUUUUCAGCACUUGUCUUCAGGGGCAAUUCCUCAAGUGUUCAGCUUGCUCAGAAGAUGCACAUCAUCACUGUAGUUUAACCAGAAAACAACAGGCUUCCUUAAAUCACUGCUGCACAGGUUAACAACCAGUAACCAGUUAAGAGUCAGUUUUAUGGAAGGGAGAGAAUGCAGGAAAAAAGCCUUCCAGUCUGCAGCUCCUUAAUAAAGACCUAUCUUAGCCCACCCAAGAUUUUUAUUCAACAUUAUACAAUGCUAACCCUUGGAAAACAGAAUGCAAAACAUCUGCUAUUAGAUUUCUGCAUCAGAAGGCAGCUGCUCUCACCUCACAGUUCAGUAAAUGCUGAGACAGAUUAAAAAACCCAAAAUAAAGAACCUAAGUCACACUUCAACUUCUUUUAAAUGAAACAAAGACUCAUCUGGAAGAUGACAACCCUGCCAUCUAUUAUGCUAGUUGUUACUCAGGUAAGAAAAAAGGGUUUGAAGUGUCAGGAUUAUGAAAGAAAUUUAUUUCUUGGGUGAAUAAAAUGCCUUAUUUCUUGCAAUAAAUGAUAAGCAACUGAGCUCAUAUGCUUCUUUUGGCUGUUUUUAAGGCAUUCCUCUCCAAAACCACCAGUCCUAACUUUAUGUUAGUAGCAGGACAUACAGUGCUAAAAUAGGAUUUA